UAGAGUGGAUAUACCAAGCCAGCUAAAAACUACAAAUCAAAACCAAACAAAGAAACCCACAAAUACCUGAUAACCAUGCAGUUAGCCAUCUCCUUCGUUGUGAUCUCCUUGAUCUUCAGUUUGAGCAUGAUCCAAGCAGCUCCUGUCAGGGAAUUCGUUUCGGCCACGGAUAUCACAGGAGAACCAGUGCGCCAAAAGCGAGCCAGUGCGGAUUACUACCAGGGCGACUACUUCAUCUGCUAUCCCAAGAGCGAGGUCUACGGCAAAAAAUCUAGUCGCUACGGUGGAUCCAAUCGCAGGUCCUAUGACUCGGAGGACGAUACACCUCACUACCUGGCCGAUGAUCCUUUGGCUGUCCGCCAAGCUCGUGCAGAUGCCAGAAGGGCUGCCUACACCGACAGUUUUGGCAAAUAAUUUUUCUCGAAAUUAAUUAAUUAAUUAAUCUCGAAAUAACAUACCUACGAA